CACGCCGAAGACAUUCUUGUCCUGUGAAGCAAGUCGGUUUGUAUUUUAGGUUUGCCAGGACUAAUGAAUUAAAACAUUUGGACUCUGCACAACUUGCUGUUUAUCAAUGCCUCUGUCAGGAGGAGGGUUUUCUUUUGCUCUUGCUUUUUCUAGAAGCAUGACAACAUCCUGGCUGUUGGAGAGGCACAGCAAGGCGAGAGGGGUUGUAGAGGGAAGCGGAACAGGGAGGCCCCGUGGGACGCUGGGGUCUGGAGGAGAGCAGGUAGCAGAGAGCUGUCCGGACAGCUGUCAUUGCUCCUCAGGGUGUCUGGGCUGCUAUGCAGCAGGUGCAGACGGCACUCUUACUGAGUCUUUACUCCACAAAGGCAGCGACCGGCCAAGGCAGUGGCUGGCCCUGGAUCACACAAGUGCAGACACUCCACUAAGUGAGCUGGAAGACCCAGGGGAAGGCCGAGGCUCAGGUGCCCACAUGAUCAGCACAGCCAGGGUAGCUGCGGAUAAGCCAGUACGCAUCGCCUUCAGCCUUGACAAUGCCUCAGAUGACGCACCUCCUGAAGACUCCAGUCCUCUGGUCUUCCCAGAUUUAGACCAGCAGCUGCAGCCUCUGCCACCUUGCCAUGACUCCAUGGAAUCCAUGCAGGUGUUCAAACAGCACUGCCAAAUAGCAGAAGAAUAUCAUGAGGUUAAAAAGGAAAUUGCCCUGCUUGAAGAAAGGAAAAAGGAGCUCAUUGCCAAGCUGGAUCAGGCGGAAAGAGAGAAGACAGACGCUGCUCAGCUGGCUCGGGAGUUCGAGGCCCUGACCGAGGAGAAUCGGACCUUGAAGUUGGCUCAGUCCCAGUGCGUGGAACAACUAGAGAAGCUGCGAAUACAGUAUCAGAAGAGACAGGGCUCGUCCUAA